AUUCCUCAAUGCGCAGUUGGAUGAGAACACUCAGUUUCUAUUAAAGAGAUUGCUCGAUUUUGCUUCCCAUGAACUUUUCGUUACACAAUCAAAGGUCUGUAACCAUACUUGCAACACAAUUAGGUUUGUUUCCUAGAACGGAUUUACACAGUGCAAAGCCGUCGAAUGUGGCGGAUACUUCUGCGACGACGCCACCUGCAAUGUCGUCUCAGAUUACGAGAAUUAGUAAACCAUUGGAGGUUAAAGGAGCGUUAAAGCGAGAUCUGAGAGUUGAUCAGAUUCAAAGCAAUCCUCGUAAGGAUGGUUUAACAGAAGAAGUCGCUGAUGCAAUCGAACAAAUCGAUACACAGCUUUCCGCUUUAAGCUUUGUUUCUAGUCGUGUGGACUCUGAUGAUAGAACAAGGUCUUGCAAGUCCUCUGUAACUCCUCCCAUUGAAGAGCGCAGACAAAAUUUUCAAGCUUCUAUGUCUUGUUUAAGAAGCAAUUACAUGCCAAUGAGUAAGAGAAGUGUGAAUGUUGGUGCAGAUGUAAUAGUUCGAAGCCAUGAUGAUCUUCCUUUGCCUUCUAAUGAUCAGUUUGUUCGGGUCACGCCACGACCGCAGCCAUUACCGCCUCUUGCUGUGAGACCCGUUGGUUUCAAGAAGCCAAGUCAAAGUAACAGAACGUCACAAAAGAUGCCUAGUAUGAAACCAACGUUGAUGGAUCAAGAAACCGAAACGUUGGAUGAUGAGUCUUUUGAAACGGAGCGUGAACAAACACCGUCUGGGACAGGUUCUGAGUCGGAAGACGAAGAAGUUUCAAUUGAUCAAGAAUACUCUGGGGAAACAGGGUCAAGCUCUGGCUCAGACUGGGAAACUCAAGCAGAGAAUGACACCAAGUCUGAGUCAGAAUCAUUAUAUCCACCACAGAGUGAUGACUCUGUUUCUGAAUCUGAAUUCAGCACGUCUCCUCCGCAUACAAACAGAGACACAUCAAGAGAACCUGCAAAACAGAGGAGAAAUAUAGUGGGACGUUUUAAAAGGAUAAAGAAUAAGAUAGGACAAGUAUUUCAUCAUCAUCACCACCACCACCACCAUCAUCACCACCACGACAAGAAUAAGCCAUCAGCUUGGAAGAAUUUGCAGAGUAAAUUUCACCAAAAGCACAAAGAGAAAUCAGAUGAGAAGAAACGGACGACGUCAGAAUCCAGAGGUCUUACUACACAUAAGCAACAACAUCAAGGUGGGCACUUUCACGCGCUAGUGGAAGGAUUGGUGAGACAUAGAAAACACUCAAAGAAACAAAAUCAUAAGCUGCAUAGUGAUGCCAAGCAAACGCAGUGGUGGAAAAUCUUGAAGAAGCGUCAAGGUGGUGGUGUGAAGAUUCCCAAAAGAGGACGUGUGAAGUUGGGGAAAAAACAUUAUUUGUCCAAAAAUGUUUAACAACAUGAAGAAAACUAGUCUCGAUUA